UGUGUGUGUGUGUAAGUUGUGAAUGGUGAACCCAAGACCUGGCAAACAUUAAAGGACAAGCCCAGCGUAUGUCCAUGUGUCGUAGAAAGAGGGAGAAGGUGGUGAGGGGGGAAAGAAUGCUUUGGCCGAGGCAUUUGGUUACAUUAAUAAGAGCAUCUGACUGCAGAGCCAUGGACAUUAGUAAGUCUUCUUCAGACCGUGCACCCUGCAGGGAUAGAACUGCUCCAUAUGGAAUACAUAAUGAGGCGCCGCUGUGACAGCGCAGCCUCCGUGCCCCAGCUCACCAACUCCCCCACUCUGAUUGUGAUGGUUGGACUGCCUGCCAGGGGGAAGACAUACAUAUCCAAGAAGCUCACCCGCUACCUCAACUGGAUAGGGGUUCCAACAAAGGUCUUCAACUUGGGCCAGUAUCGCAGGGAAGCAGUCCAGAGCUACAAGAACUUCGAGUUCUUCAGACCGGACAAUGAGGAGGCCAUGCAGAUUCGCAGGGCCUGCGCUACAAAUGCCCUUAAAGAUGUAGUUAUCUACUUCUCAAAGGAACAUGGACAAGUAGCCGUGUUUGAUGCCACCAACACAACACGGGAGAGGAGGAUAUCCAUUGUGAGCUUUUCCAAGGAAAAAGGCUACAAGGUAUUUUUUGUGGAGUCCAUUUGUGAUGAUCCAGACAUCAUUGCACAGAAUAUCACGGAAGUGAAAGUGAGCAGCCCAGACUAUGUGAACUGUGACAAGGAUGAGGCGCAGGCAGACUUCCUGAAACGUAUCGAGUGCUACAAGCAAACCUAUGUGUCUUUGGACGAUGAGAAAGACAGGCAUCUGUCUUACAUCAAGAUCUUCAACGUGGGCUCUAGGUACUUGGUGAACCUUGUGCAAGACCAUAUACAGAGCCGGAUCGUGUACUACCUUAUGAACAUCCACGUCACACCGCGCUCUAUCUUCCUGAGCCGCCACGGGGAGAGCGAGCUGAACCUGCUGGGUCGCAUUGGGGGAGACUCAGGACUCUCUCCCAGGGGUCACAAGUAUGCCACUGCUCUGGGGGGCUUCAUCAAGGGCCAGCAUAUAAAGGAUCUGAAGGUGUGGACCAGCCAUAUGAAGAGGACCAUCCAGACUGCAGAGCAUCUGGGGAUUCCAUACGAACAGUGGAAGGCUCUCAAUGAGAUUGAUGCAGGUGUGUGUGAGGAGUUGACAUAUGAAGAUAUCCAGGAGAACCACCCAGAAGAGUUUGCACUGAGAGACCAGGACAAGUACCGGUACCGUUACCCCAAGGGUGAGUCGUAUGAAGACCUGGUCCACCGUCUGGAGCCAGUGAUCAUGGAGCUGGAGAGACAGGAGAAUGUGCUGGUCGUGUGUCACCAAGCUGUCAUGCGUUGUCUGCUGGCCUACUUACUAGACAAAACCGCAGAUGAGUUACCAUACCUAAAAUGUCCUCUUCAUACUGUGCUCAAACUUACACCGGUGGCCUAUGGGUGUAGAGUGGAGCACAUUUGCCUAAACAUUGAGGCAGUCAACACGCACAGAGAGAGACCUGGGAAUGUGGACGUAACCAGAAACCCAGAAGAGGCGCUGAAGACUAUUCCUGACCACUUUUGAAUAUGAUUUAGAGGAUAUGGACUCUAGGACCGUACUGAACCAGCAAUAUUAUAUUUUCAAGUUUUAACUUUAUUGCUCGAUCAAUUAUGUCUUUGUACCUUUUCCCAAUUAAACUUGUCAAAAUCAGCAAAUGUCAAAAGGGAAAAAGAUAGGGAAGAAGACUAGAUGAAUAGAAGAUCAGAAAUGACAAACCCCACUGCCUACGGAAACAGUGAGGGGGAAAUGGACUUUCUGCCUCCAACAUGGGACAGCUAAAGCCCAGUACUGUAUGAGUGUUGUUGACUGACCUAUAACAUCCAAUAAAUGUGCAUCAGUCUGCUCUGUCUGACCCUGGAGUCUCAUGGUGAAGUGCAGUCGGACAGGCUGUGUCAGAGGUGGUUUGGCAUGGUAUUGUCACUAGAGUGUGAAAGUGGCCAAACAAUUCUGACAUUAGGCUACAGGAUGACGAAAGUAAAAUGUYCUCCAUUCUAGUGAACUGGUAGAUUAAUAAACACAUCUUCUGUUUGUA